CCUGGCGCGGCCUGAGGGAGAGCGGCGGACGGGCCGGCGCUGGGAACGGCCGCGGGGGCCGCUGAGCUCCUGUGGUAACCGCCUUACGCUCGGCCUCUGUUUUUUAUUGUCUUGCUAAACUAAUUUCAAGUGAACACCCUAAACCCUCCAUCGGCCUGGGAAAAAUGGGGUUGCAAUCGCGCUGGGCCGGUGCCGGGUGUGUUUUUGACUGGGGAGUGUCGCGGUUGUGGUUGGGACACCGUCACGGGUGCCACCUGGCUCCAGAGCCAAGGGCGUGAAAGCAGCAGGUCACACCGGCUCCUCCAGCCCAGAAACAUGUCCUGAGAAGCUUCUAGGAACACGUCUCCACGUUGAACACGCACACAGGCCCUGGCAGGGUCAUGGCUCCAGCACCGUGCAACCAGAUACUGUGGGUGGACUGUCAAGUGGAAAGAAGAAAAUAUCUCCUGAAAACUUUUAAGUGGUCAUUUAAGUGGUCAGAGUAUAUUAACUCUUCCGAGAACCUCAGCCCUUUCUUGAGAUAUGCAAAGACAACGUAAGUUCUAUCUACAUCAUGGAGAAGGCUUUGCUUUUGUAUAUGUUUUUAUUCUACUGGGAUUUCCUAAAUGCUUUGUUCACAGUUGAAGCUCCCCAGACAUUGUACACUGUGGAACAUGGGAACAACGUGACCAUGGAAUGCACGUUUCCAGUGAAUGGGAAAUUAAAGUUUAGAGAUUUAAGUGUCAGCUGGGAAAAGAAUGAUGAGUUAAAGAAGCAGGUGUAUGUACUUCUCAAAGGAGAGGAAGACUUCCAAAGCCAGCACAGUGACUUUAGGGGGAGAAUUAAAUUGUUGAAAGAGAAUCUGAACUUGGGACAGUCUCUCCUUCAGAUCACUGAUGUGAAGCUCAGAGACGCAGGGUUUUACCGCUGUGUCAUUGGCUAUGGGGGAGCCGACUACAAGACAAUUAAUCUCAAAGUUAAGGCUCCUUAUAGAACUAUAACCCAAAGAGUGGUGAGCACAGGAGACAACAAAUGGAAGUUGACAUGUCAGUCAGAAGGAUACCCACAGGCUGAAGUGAUAUGGCAAAACAGAGAAUAUGAAGAUUUGACCGAUAAGGCAAACACAAGUUACAAAACUGGAAGUGACCAGCUGUAUCGUGUGACAAGUACCCUUACAAUCAAAAGUAGGACGGAUGAGAUUUUUUACUGUAUAUUCUGGAAUAAAGAGCUGCAAGAGAAUACAUCUGCCAUUUUACGCAUAGCAGAUUCAUCUGAUAGUGUUCCGUGGACUGAGAGCAGACGCUUUGUUGGAGCAAUUCUCAUUGUGACUGUUUUGGUUGGAUCAGUGCUUCUAUUUAUGCUCUACAUAAAAAAAGCUAGAGCAAAAAAGAACAACAGAAUACUUGUGGCCAGUUCAUCAAUAGCAAAGCUGUCAAAAGAUAAGGAUACACAUGACCACAGAGAUGCUUCUUUUGAAGAGGAAGAGCUGAAAUAUAUACAAAUCGAGAAGACCUAGAGAAAGCAGGGGAAGAUUUUUUCCUCUGUGCUGAAGGUUUGACAGCUCAGAUGUUCUGUAUUGUGUCUAUUAAAGGGGACAUUAAUUUUUUGUUUUUAUUCUAUAAUGCCAGUCUUCUUCCAUAUCCUUGUAAUUCAAAAAAACCUGGGAUGAAGUUAAUAGAAUUAUUAUAGCAUAAAAAGUCCUUGAAUUCAGUCUUCUGUAUAUGUGACCAAGUACAGAGGUGUUUGCUUAAAUAUCCAGGAUUGUGCUUUCUUAAGUUCAUGCACUUUCAAAGACUCAUUUCAUUAAAAAUAUCUUUAAGGUAAAGCACUUUAGGUCUAUGACCAUCCUGAAUUUCAUAGCUAGUUCUUGAGUAGGCAGUCUUCUAGAAUUUGAACUUUUUUUUUGUUUUGUUUUGUUUUUCCCAACCUCUUGAGCUCUUGGUUCCCUGCAGAGAUUUUGUAUUCCAGCUUUUGAGGAUUUUUUUGAAUACUUUGAUCCUCAGAAAAGAUAAGGGUGCAACAAGACAAGAUGCUAUAUAGAUAGGGCAUUUUCUGUCCCUACUGUAGAUCUUAAAGUACCAGAUAUUCACUGCUAACCUUGAAAAAGAUGCUGUAACCCUCUUGGUAACUAUAGUUUGGAAAUUAUAAGAUAAUACUGAGCUUCAUGAUUUCUUUCUCUGAAAAGUAUUUUGGGGAUUUAAUUUCCUUGCAAUAUAGCUGGGACUACUUGGUUGCUGCUCAUUACUCUUCAGAUUUACCAUUUGGGGAUAAUGCAACUCUUUGGACAUUCAGGAAGAACAGCUCUUCAUUUGAACUGCCUUUUUGUUCAUCAUGGAAAUAGAAGAAGGAGAACCUUCUCACUUCUAGGACAUGAAAUGCAUGCUCAUGUGAUUCCUCAAGAAAUGCUGAGGGAACAUGCUCCUGGAUUCCAUUUCUUAAACUAUUGCUUUGUUACAUUUUGCUAGUUGCAUAGCGUUGGUUUUUUUUUGGUGUCAUACACAGAUGAAGAAUAUUUAUUACAAUGCUAUUCACUAUUAUAUUUUUUUAAUAAAAGAUA